UUAACUUGUACACGUGUCGGUUCCGGAAUCCUGCCUUACGGAGAAGUAAAGUCCACCGCCGUUCGCCUGUCCUACGUGGGACGUUUGUUUCUGCUUCGGUCCCCAUCCAUUGCCACCCGAUCCCGUGGGGUGGUUGGGUGGUGGGGUUUUUGGAACACCCCGAAAGGAGGGCAGCUGAUUUGUGUACAUAUUUUUUCCCUCUUCCCGUUUUGCUCCAACCAUUCGCAAGUGAAGAAACCGAGGCUGCCCUUGCAUGCCUACACUAAUAAUGGGGAACGCGCUUUCCGCAAACCAACUUGAAGUCAGCGGAUAAUUAUAAAAGGUGGUCUUCGAGGCGGCCACUCCGGGACACGAAUCGUGUUUGUGGCUUUAUUUUUUUCGCUUCCCUGUGUAUGUGCGCGGUUCGAUACGAUAUCAGAAGAAAAGCAUCAUAUCAUUCGUUUUAAUCUACGGAAUUAUAGGUGUAAAUCGAAAAAUAAGCCGCCGGUCUGUGUCGAAUGACGGCAUUUUUACUCAAAGGCAGUAUUUUCAGCAGUGGAUGCAAUACAUAAUCCUGAAUAACAACCUUCGUUCGUUUGUCCGGCUGGGAUAUAACUACGUGCUAAGGCAUGGUCCAAGAAAUCUUUGAAUAGCCGAAAAAAUCCUUCAUUCCUGGUAGCAACAGAGUUCAGUGUUUUUGUGUCGACAGUGGAAUCAGAGCGAAAAUUGGCUAAAUAUAGACGAACACAAACACUUUUCAUGCUCGGUUCAGCGGAUGUUUUUUUUUCGGCUUUGCUUCAUAAAGCUCAAACACGAGGUGGAGCUUUAGUGAGCUUCAGAAACGGUUAAAUUUAUGGGCCCGUGAAUGAGGGGUUCGUUUACGGCAUUUUGAGAAAACAAAAAUCCAUCGGUGCGGCAAUUCGUCAUCGUGGGAAUUGCUGCCGGCUGUGUUAGUCGCUACAAAGUCCGACCCAUUACGCUUUUGAUCGUUAAAAUCAAUUGUACCGGAAAAAAUAACCUGUGUACCAACUGGGUGAAAGGUGAAAACUGUGCAAAGGUUCGACAAGCUCGCCUAAGUCUUGUGUUCACUUGUUUUGUUUUGUCUCCGGAAAGUAUGGCGGAGACCAUCAGCAUGGGGGAAGAUUGAUUACAAGUGAUUUAGCGACUUCAAUACAAUUAGUGCCAUUUCUAUACUGUUAUUGAAGCAUUUUGAAUGGAUUGUGGUUUUACAUCUGAAUCAAUUUGACAGAAUAAGGAUCCCGCUUCCGCUUCUGCUGCAAUCCUUGGUUUAGGCAAAAACCGACAUUAUCAUGGAAACGCUCUACACCGGACACAUUCACGGAUUUCCGCCGGCCGCCAACGUUUCGUACGGAACGCUGAGCACAACCUGGGGCUCGCAAGGCGGACUGAUAGCCCUCGGCGUCGUGCUUGGAAGCUCCGUCAGUCUGGUGGGGCUAGCGUUUGCAUUCAUCACGUACAGCUUAUUUUCCGACCUGAAAUCACUGGCUGGCACCGUACUGCUGAGCCUGCUGGCGUCCCUCUUCAUGAGCCAGCUGCUGUUUGUGAUCGGCGUGGGAGGCGUUCAGGACACCGAGCUCUGUCUGUCGCUGUCGCUGGCCCUGCUCUUCAUGAAGCUGGCCUCGAUGUGUUGGCUGUGCUGCUGCUGCCACCACGCCCUGGUGCUGUUCCGAUCCAGCACUAAUCUCAAUCCGAACCCCGAGCCGAGCAUGGGUCGUGCCUUAGCACAUUACAGUUUACUCUCUUGGGGAUUCCCGCUGCUUAUGUUGGGAGUGGCCGCCGCUUUCAAGUACAAGGAACGGGACGUGAAAGUGACUGGUGCCCAGGUGAUCGCCCAGAUCGUACACGAUCUCAACGGAGACAGCCACUGCUGGCUGAUGGAAGGAUCGGCCUACGUUUGGGGUUUUCUAGUGCCGGCUGUGAUGCUACUGUUCGCCGGAUUCUAUCUGGCCUGCCAGGGAGGUGGAGCGGUCAAGAUAGCGGCCGCCCUGCAAGUGGACUCCCGCGCCAAGAACAAACUGGUCAAAAAGCGUGGGCUACAGAUUGGACUUUUUUUCAAGAUCCUUAUCGUCCUGUCAACGGUGGUGUUCUUGGGAGCGAUUGCAUCGGUAUGGGACAUUGUGGAAUUCUGGUCCGUCUACAGCUUCGCACAAGGCAUACAGGGCCUGGUGAUAGCGAUGUUGGUAUCCUGCAACUGCAAAGUGCUGAAACUGUACUCGGCUCCGCACAGCCAGAAGACGCGACGUGGCACCUACCGUAGUCUCAAAGACGGCGAAGGAGGCCGGUACGGCGUCCUUUCGGUGACGAACCCAAACUACGAGGACAUUCCACCGCAAGCAUUGCCACACCAGCAGCCAGUGUUCAACCCUUUCAUGGCGGAACCGGAAGACAGUCCAUCACCGGCGCACAGCUACGUGAAGAUGGCCUACCGCGAGCGGAACUUUGUCGAUCGGAACGAUUGCGUCGUCCCGUCGGCCCUGGACUGUGCUUUCGCUGGGGAACUUUCCACGUCACUGGCGAUCGACGAAAUCCCGCGCAGUCCACUGCCGGCUUCGGUGUGAAACAAUGGGUGGAGAGCGGCUGUCAGGUGGCUUGUGGAAAUGUGCUUGCUUAGUGCGUAGAGACAAUAAAAGAAAAGUCAGUAGCUGAAGAAAAUAUUGUUCUAUCCAUAUAACCAAUAUCAUCUUUUAGUCAACCGUGACCAUAUCAGAACAUAACGCUGACAAGAUGCAGCGGAUAUCAGCUCUAUUUUACCCUGAUGAAUGUUAUACAAGAACAUUUAGUAGUCCGUAACACGAACGUUUUAGCACCUUGUACGGUGAAUUUGGUGUACAGAGUAGCUAAGCAGGUUAUGUCGUGGAACACUAAUAUAUAGUUGAAACGCAUCAUUUUAAUCCUAUCCAUUACGCAAACAGUGUGAAUCGCUUGAAAGAAUAUGAAAAUGAAGAAAACUGUUAUUAGUUCUUGA